AAAAUUGAAUCUUCUUCGAUUUUUUUUUGGCCCCAAAUCUGUGUUAGUGUCUGCAAUUUCUGUUCUUUCUCUUCUGCGAAACUCUUGUGCUUUUUUUUUGAUAGCUUUCUCUUUUGCUUCGUUUCGCUCGUGUCAAUUUUCGCACGUGUGUUUUCCAUAAAUUCGAUCUUCUAUAGGAGCCUAUUCUCUCAACUCUCGACCGACCUUUUUUUUCAUCCCUUUCUCGCUCUCUCUCUCUCUCUUACUCGAUAUCUCUCUUAAUUCUGUAGGGGAUGCUCUGAAUCUCCGAUCGCCGUCGUGUUUCUCGUUUUCGUCGAUACUUGGUGUCUCCUUUAAAAGCCCUCUGCCAAUUUGGAUUUUCGAUCUCUUUGUUGAAGGUGGUUCAUUUGGAGAUUCCCUUGUGUUUUUGAGUAAUGCGGUACUUGGUAGUUGGGGGAAACGUGGUCAAGAAUAAAGAAGAUGAAUGUGCAAGCUCACAUGUCUGGACAAAUCUCCGGGCAGGUACCUAAUCAACCUGUAAUGCCUCAGCAGAAUGGUAAUGCUCUUCCUUCUCAGAUGCAAACAUUAGCAGCUCCUCCUCGUACUGGGAACACUAUGGAACCUGAGCUUUUCCGAGCGCGCAUGUAUAUGCAGGAAAAGAUUUAUGAUACCCUAUUGCAGCGGCAUCAACAGCCAAUAAAUGAACCACAGAAAAAGAAGUUUAAAGAUAUUGUUAAGCGCCUAGAGGAGGGUGUAUUUAGAAUGGCUUCUUCAAAGGAAGAAUAUAUGAACCUGGAAACAUUGGAGAGCCGCUUGCAUAGUUUACUCAGGCGUCCCCCGCCGCCCAACCAACCGGCACAACUAGUAAAUAAUUCGUCUUCUAUUGGUGCAAUGAUACCAACCCCUGGAAUGUCACACAGUGGGAACUCUAACAUGAUGGUUACCUCCUCUGGGGAUACUUCAAUGCUUUCUGCAAGUGGAGGUGGUAAUGUCGCAUCUAAUAAUGUCAACACUGGAAACAUGUUGUCUACUGGUGUUUUUGCUGGAAGUGCUUUCAAUAGAUCUGAUGGUUCAGUCUCAAAUGGGUAUCAUCAGCAGUCUCCAGCCAAUUUCUCUGUUGGUCCUGGAGCAAGUAUGUUAUCAAUGAAUGGGCAAAAACCCACAAGUCAGAUGAUUCCUACUCCUGGAUUAAGUGGCAAUACUAAUCAGUCUUACAUGAAUCCCGAAUCAGCGAGUAAUGGUAGUGGGUUCUCUACUGUUGAAUCUACUAUGGUGUCUCAACCACAACAGCAAAAGCAGCAUAUUAUUGGUCAGAACAGCCGUAUAUUACACAAUGUUAGCAGCCAAAUGGGUAGUGGGAUAAGCUCUAGUUUACAGCAGAAACGUUCUUAUGGGUUCUCGAAUGGGGCUUUAAAUGGUGGGCUAGGGUUGAUUGGUAACAGUUUACCCCUUGUUAAUGAACAUUGCUCCUCAGAGGGCUAUCUAACUGGCACAUCUUUUGUUAAUUCGCCCAAGCCCUUACAACAUCAGCGGCAAGUUAUACAAGGUGAUGGUUUUGGAAUUAGCAAUGUUGAUUCUUUUGCGUCUGGCAACUAUUAUGGUUCUGCAACAUCUGUUGGACCAAUGAUGAAUUCUCAGAAUUUGAAUUCAGUUAAUUUGUCAUCUAUAUCUAAAACAAACUCUACUCUCAUAGGUAAUCAGUCGAAUAUGCAAGCACAACAAGCUACUCAUAUAAAGCCUCAACCGGUGGAUCAGAUGGAAAAUAUGAGUUUCCAAUCAUCACUAUCUUCAAGAGACAAUCUUCAUCCUCAUCAGCAGCAGCAAUUUCAGCAACAGCAGUCGUUUCAACAACAUCAACAGUACGUACACCAACAACGUCAAAUGAAGCAGCAAAAUCAGCAAGCCCAGCAUUUAAUAAAUAAUGACGCUUUUGGUCACCCUCAGAUGACAUCUGAUCUAAGUAGUCAAGUAAAACGUGAGCCUGCAGAGCUCCAUAAUGAAGUUAUGAUGCCACAAAUGCCUGAACAGUUCCAGUUGUCUGAGAUGCAGAACCAAUUCCAGAACUCUGCCGAGGACCAUAUGAGGAGUUCUCAACAUCAUAUUUCUCUUUUGUCUGGGCAGCAAGACAUCUCCUCAUCAUUGACACAAAAUUCUCAGCAAAUGCAACAAACUUUACAUCCACAUGAAUUGGUUGCAGAAUCUCAAAAUGAUUUAGGCUCUGUUUCUGUUGGAACUCAACCAGAAUCGGUGUUGCAGGGUCAAUGGCAUCCUCAAUCACAAGACAGGAGUAAUAGACCAGGUAACAUACCUCAUGAACAACAUUUGCAAGAAGAUUUUCGCCAGAGGAUAUCUGGGCAGGAUGAAGCACAACGCAAUAAUUUAUCAUCGGGAGCUAUCAAUGGCCAGGCUGAUGCUUGUAAAGGUACUGGGGAUCUCUCAUAUUCAGGAACUACUUUACGCAAAUCUGCAAAUACAAAUUCCGAUCUUCAGUAUAGAAAUCAACAAAGAUGGCUUUUGUUAUUGCGUCAUGCACGCCGAUGUACAGCUCCUGAAGGAAAAUGUCAUGAACUUAAUUGUAUUACUGUCCAAAAAUUGUGGAAACACAUUGAGAAAUGCAUGCUACCUCAAUGUCAGUAUCCUAGAUGCCAACCUUCCAAGGUAUUGCUUCAUCAUCACAAGCGCUGUGUGGACCCAGGCUGUCCUGUGUGUAUCCCUGUGAAAAACUUUUUAAUGACAUGCAAGGCACGCAUCCGUGUGACAUCUGUGCCUGCUUUGCCAGCUUCAGUUAGUGGACCUUCCAAAUCCUUCGAUAACAGAGACACCUCAGGGAAAUUGAUACCAAAGACUCCUGUUGUUGAAGCACCAGAAGAGAUACAACCUUCUAUGAAACGAAUGAAGAUAGAGUCCUCACAGCCUCUUGUUUCUGAGAGUCAUAAUGCUGCUGUAUCAGUUUCUUUGACUGAUGAAACCCCAUUGUUACAGGGUAUCCAGCACCAAGAGUUCCAGCAAGUUGAUGUUGGGCCAAUAAAAUCUGAGUUGCCAGAAGUGAAAUCGGAACUUCCUGCUAACUCUGGGCAAGAGAUCUUUGCUGAGUUAAAGAAGGAUACUGUAAUUGAUAUCAGCAAUCUAGGUCCUGCUGAUCCUGCCACAUAUGGUGAUUCUGCUGGUUUAGUUAAACAAGAAAAUGGUAAAUACGAGAAAGAGAUUGAACCAGCCAAGGAAGAGAGUGUUCCACCACCUGCAGAACCAACUGUAACAAAAUCUGGAAAGCCAAAGAUCAAGGGAGUUUCAUUGACCGAAUUGUUUACUCCAGAGCAAGUUAGACAGCACAUUACAGGUCUAAGGCAGUGGGUUGGCCAGAGUAAAGCAAAGGCUGAGAAGAAUCAAGCUAUGGAGCAUGCAAUGAGUGAGAACUCCUGUCAAUUGUGUGCAGUUGAGAAGCUUACUUUUGAACCUCCUCCAAUAUAUUGCACUCCUUGUGGUGCUCGAAUAAAAAGAAAUGCAAUGUAUUAUUGUAUGGCUGCUGGUGAUACACGCCAUUAUUUCUGCAUACCAUGCUACAAUGAGGCACGUGGAGAAACUAUAGUUGUUGAUGGGACAGCUAUUCCUAAGGCAAGGCUAGAGAAGAAGAAAAAUGAUGAGGAGACAGAAGAAUGGUGGGUCCAAUGUGACAAAUGUGAAGCUUGGCAGCAUCAAAUUUGUGCUUUAUUUAAUGGUCGAAGGAAUGAUGGUGGGCAAGCUGAAUACACUUGUCCUAAUUGUUAUAUACAAGAGGUUGAAAGAGGAGAGCGCAAGCCCUUGCCACAGAGUGCUGUUCUUGGGGCUAAAGAUUUGCCGAGAACUAUCCUCAGUGAUCACAUUGAGCAACGAUUGUUUAAGAGACUGAAACAGGAAAGGCUAGAAAGGGCAAAACAACAAGGAAAAAGCUAUGACCAGGUUCCCGGAGCAGAAGCACUUGUUAUUAGAGUUGUUUCCUCAGUUGACAAAAAGUUAGAAGUGAAGCAGAGAUUUCUUGAAAUUUUUCAGGAAGAGAAUUAUCCAACUGAGUUCCCUUAUAAAUCUAAGGUGGUUUUAUUAUUUCAGAAGAUUGAAGGUGUAGAAGUAUGCCUAUUUGGCAUGUACGUUCAAGAAUUUGGGUCUGAAAGCCAGUUCCCUAACCAGCGACGUGUAUAUCUCUCAUAUCUGGAUUCUGUGAAGUAUUUUAGGCCUGAGAUUAAGGCAGUAACUGGAGAGGCUCUCCGUACAUUUGUUUAUCAUGAAAUUUUGAUUGGAUAUCUUGAAUAUUGCAAAAAACGGGGGUUUACAAGCUGUUAUAUAUGGGCAUGUCCUCCAUUAAAGGGUGAAGAUUAUAUAUUAUACUGUCAUCCGGAGAUACAGAAAACACCAAAAUCUGACAAGCUCCGGGAGUGGUAUCUAGCAAUGCUUAGAAAAGCGUCAAAGGAAAACAUUGUAGUUGAUCUCACUAACCUGUAUGACCAUUUCUUUGUGUCUACUGGUGAAUGCAAGGCCAAGGUUACUGCAGCCAGGCUGCCAUAUUUUGACGGUGACUACUGGCCUGGGGCUGCAGAGGAUCUAAUUUAUCAGCUCCGUCAAGAAGAGGAUGGGAGAAAGCAGAAUAAGAAAGGAACAACAAAAAAGACUUUCACUAAAAGGGCUUUGAAAGCCUCUGGUCAGUCUGACCUCUCUGGUAACGCAUCAAAGGAUCUGCUACUGAUGCAUAAACUUGGUGAAACCAUAUGCCCAAUGAAGGAGGAUUUUAUUAUGGUUCAUCUGCAACAUGCGUGCAGUCACUGCUGUAUUCUAAUGGUAUCUGGAAAUCGAUGGACUUGUGACCAGUGCAAAAAUUUUCAGAUAUGUGACAAGUGUUAUGAAGUAGAGCAGAAACGUGAAGAAAGAGAAAGACACCCUAUGAUUAAUAGGGAAAAACAUGCACUUCACCCGGUGGAAAUUACUGAGGUUCCUGUAGAUACAAAAGACAAAGAUGAAAUUCUUGAGAGCGAAUUCUUUGACACUAGACAAGCAUUUUUGAGUCUUUGCCAAGGCAACCAUUAUCAGUAUGAUACCCUUCGGCGUGCUAAACAUUCAUCAAUGAUGGUCCUUUACCAUCUUCACAACCCAACUGCUCCUGCAUUUGUUAUAACGUGCAAUAUAUGCCAUCUUGACAUUGAAACGGGCCAGGGAUGGCGUUGUGAAGUUUGUGCCGACUAUGAUAUAUGCAAUGCUUGUUAUCAGAAGGAUGGAAAUACUCAGCAUCCUCAUAAGUUGACAAAUCAUCCAUCCAUGGCUGAUCGUGAUGCACAAAAUCAAGAAGCUAGGCAAUUACGUGUUCAGCAGCUAAGAAAAAUGCUUGAUCUUCUAGUGCACGCCUCUCAGUGUCGCUCUGCACAAUGUCAGUACCCCAAUUGUCGCAAGGUGAAGGGACUUUUCCGUCAUGGGAUACAAUGCACAACCCGUGCUUCUGGAGGUUGUGUCCUCUGUAAGAGAAUGUGGUAUCUCCUCCAACUUCAUGCUCGAGCUUGUAAAGAAUCCAAGUGCCACGUACCACGCUGCAGAGACUUGAAGGAACAUUUGAGGAGGCUGCAGCAGCAGUCAGACUCUCGAAGAAGGGCUGCUGUGAUGGAGAUGAUGAGACAGCGAGCAGCCGAGCUUACAAGCAACACUGGAUGACCAAACAAAUUUGUUCAUGUAAAUAUUAAGGUUUCUGAAAAAUCCUUCAGAAUGUGGGGAAAGAUUUGACAAUAGUUUUCUACUGCCUUGCUAACUGCUGGAAACCGAGCAGUCCGCAGAAAGUGGGAACGAAGAUUAGACGGUUGGAAGGGGAUGGUAUUAUGCAUUCAUUCUGCAUCACUCAACAGAGAGGUUGUUUUUACAUUUGCUUUGUUUGGGAAAUAUUCUCUUUUCCUGUUCUUCUUCUUCAUCACCAUCAUAGUUGACACAACAAGAUUCUCCCUAGAGAGGAAAACAAGUGAAAAGUGGAGGUGUCCUUCCUCUUUCGACAGCGGCUAACCAUGCCUUGCUCCAUCGGCGAGGCGAAAUUGUAGCACUGAUGCAAAUCUGCCUGGUAGCCCAAUUUGGUGAUUCUUUGAUUUUAUGGUCUCGUAGUAAUCCGUCGGAUGCCAUCCCAUGGUGGCAAGUGUACUAUAAUUGUCCUAAUCUGUCUAAAAUGUUUAUUUCAUAGAGGAAGUUGAGAGGAAUUAGUUUCCAUUUUUUUGUCUCCUUUUACUCUCCCCUUUUUUUAAUAUAAAAUUUUCCUCCUUUCUCUUCCUUUCAGUAUAUUGACCCAUUUUGUAGAAUGUCCCCCGUAUUUCAAAGAUAGAAGAAAUAAGUAGUUUUUUUCUUUAUUUUGUAGAAGUUUCAAUUUCCUAUUAGCUUUUUUCAAGUUAUGUUUACUGCAUCAGUCUACAGUCCAUAGUUUAAUUAAAUGAAGAAAGAAGCUUUUAUUUAGUGGUGUAUUACGUACAGUUUGAUUUUUGAAGUUCGAAUAUAUAUUAAAUGUCUACCAUCAACAUCAAUUUAAUCAUA